GAAAAAAAAGAGUUAGAUGUUAGAAGAAAUUCAAAAUAAUGGAAGUAAUUAGAAGGAAGUGGAAAAAUGGAAGAACCUAAAAAACUGAAAUAGACUCAAAAAACUGAAAGAAAUGGGAAGAAACCAAAAAACUAAGAAGAGUUGAAAAACAAUUAAAAUAAUUGAAAAUUUUUGGGGAAAAAAGAGAAAAAGUGUUGGAAUAAAUAUUAUAUUUUUGAAAUAACAAAAACGAAAAAUAAAAUCAUUACAAAUGUUAAACUUAUACUUUUGUAUUAGAGUAUUGUGGAAUUCCACUAGAUCCUUGAUUUUUAACUCGAGUUCUCCGCUUAAGAAUAUAGUGGAAUUCACAUAUCCAUACUUAUUGGAAAAUAUGAAAUCUUAUACUUUCUUUGAUAAAGCGUUAUUAGCACUCAUGCUUGAAGUUGCUGAAAUGAUCAACGAAUUUGUUUUGUCCCUUAUUCCUGGUGAUGAAAAGGAAUAUUUGAGUUCAGAUUCUUCAUGUCAAGUAGAUUCAGAUGUUGGCAUAGAUGGUGAUUUGAUAAUGAAUGAGUUUUUGAACAAUAUCAAAUGUUUUGGAAUUCUAAAGCGCAAAGUAGUUUUGAAGAAAGAAGUACUGAUCAUGUUAUUGAGAAACAUUGAUCAAACAUCUGGGCUGUGUAAGAGUACAAGUUCCAAAAGUUAAAAGUGGACAAAGAGAGUGGGAAGGGGUAGUAUAUUCUACCACUCUACCUCCCCUGUUCGUAAUUCGUAUUGUCCACUCCAACUAACUCUCCUGCAAUAUGGCUAAGCUUUUGCUUCUUUCCCUCAUCGGUCUUCUUUCCGUAAUUGCCGCGGCGGCGGCAGCAGACAUGUCGUCGAUAAUAACUUACGGCGAGGAUCAUUCCGAGAAAGGAUUGGCCGGUCGCACCGACGGCGAAGUCAUGGCUUUGUACGAGUCGUGGUUGGCCGAACAUCGGAAGUCGUACUACGGUCUCGGCGGGGAGAAGGAGAAGAGGUUUCAGAUCUUUAAGGACAACUUAAGAUACAUCGACGAGCAGAACAGCCUGGGAGAUCGGCCGUACAAGCUCGGAUUGAACCGAUUCUCCGAUCUGACUAACGAGGAGUACCGGUCGACGUACCUCGGCGUCAACACCGAUGUUCGCCGGCGAUUUUCUAAGACGAAGAGCGAUCGGCGCUCUCCGAAGGUUGACUUUAGCUUGCCGGAGUCCGUUGACUGGAGGGAAAAAGGAGCGGUCGCGGAAGUCAAAGAUCAGGGAAGUUGUGGAACUUGGAACGUUGAAUCAAAGAAGAGAGCACGAGGAGACUCCGAUUAGGAGUCAGUGCUUACAAGGGUUUGAGUUGUAUUUAUUUCAAAAAGUUUUAUAUUCUUUUUUUUAUUACAAAAAUUUCACUAUUCUAAAAUAAGGAGGGAAAGAGAAAAAAGGCAUAAGGAUGACGCAAAUUUACUUGAGCUAUGGUUAAGGUUAGUGCUUCCAAGAGUUUGAGUUAUUUUUAUUUCCAUAAAUUUCCUAUUCUUUU